AUGUGUCCCAUCGGCGGCGGAUUGAAGCGGACGCUAUUCCUUCACGUCGGACUCGUGUUGGGAGAUCAAUCCCUGACAAGAGGGCGCACCGCUCCCUACCACCCCAUCCUCGUCUCCCACAACGACAACAACGAAACCUACUUCCUCAAACCCGUAGAUCCAACCCAACCCGCAUACCGACGGACAAUAGUAGCAUCGACUAUUCGACAAUAUAGCGAAGCUUCAGUGCGAUUACGGCAAGAUGGCGCAAGCAAGGAGCAAGACAAGCAGAAGCCAGAGGGUGAAGAGGCAGAGGAGGGUGCUGAGGGAGAGAAGAAGAAGGACAAAAAGGAUGAGCCAGCUCCUCCACCUCAUGGCGGCAAGACUCCGUGGCAGGUCUUCACUGAGACUCUCCAGACCGAGUUCAAAGCCAGUAAGGAAUGGAAUGAAGGUACCAAGGAACUCAGCGGAUCCAUUCACGACUUCACACAGAACCCGAAUGUGCAACGUGCGCGAUCAGCAUACAGCAAGGGUGUUGAAGCUGCUACCACUACGACCGGAAAGGUUAUCAUGGGUACAGCUGGAGCUAUUGGAAAGAGUGCUGCUUGGACUUGGGAUACUCCCGUGGCCAAGGUUAUCAGAGCCGGUGCGGGCGCUGUUGGUUCUGGCGUAGAAAAGGUCACCCGGCCUGUACGCCAGACAGAGGCGUAUAAGAAUGUCAAGGAAGUGAUCGAUGAUGGGUCAUCGCAGCGCUACGGAGGAUGGACAGAGCGAGAAGAGCGGAGACGGAGAAGAGAGGAACGAGACAUCAAGAUGGGCAUUGACCCGAACAAGCCUGUUGAGAUACACGAGGAGGACCCGAACGCUGGCAGUGCUGUGACAGUCCACAAAGAUUCCGCAUGGAAGGAGAGCUGGAAAGCUUUCCGCGAGAACAACCCAGCGAUGCAGCGCCUCUUCUCAAAUGUUGGAUCGACAUAUCGCGAAUCUGAGAAUCCUCUCAUUUCCACGGCGCGUAGCGUCUCCGAUCGUAUUGCAGGCUUCUUCGCUGAGAAUGAGACUGCGCAAGUCAUCAAACGCUUCCGCGAGAUGGAUCCUUCAUUCCAGCUCGAACCGUUCCUCACUGAAAUGCGCACAUACAUUCUACCCGAAGUUCUCGAGGCCUACGUUACCGGCGAUAUCGAGACUCUCAAACUCUGGCUCAGUGCAGCGCAAUUCAGCGUCUACCACGCUUUGAUGCAGCAGUACACCACCGCAGGAUUGAAGUCUGACGGCAAGAUCUUGGACAUCCGUGGUGUUGAUAUCCUCAGUGCGAGAAUGCUUGAUCCGGGUGAGAUUCCGGUCUUCGUCAUCAUGGCGAGAACGCAAGAGGUGCACGUUUACCGAAACAAGAAAUCCGGCGAGCUGGCAGCUGGUAUGGAGGACAAGGUGCAGCAGGUCACAUAUGCGAUUGGUGUGACAAGAAUUCCUGAGGAGGUGUCCAACCCCGAGACGAGAGGGUGGAGGUUGAUUGAGCUGCAAAAGAGUGCUCGAGACUACGUUUGA